CGGCAGGUGGCGUGUGGGCACUUCUGUCAGCGCGGUGCGCGGCGGUUUGCCAGAGUGCCGGCCGGGGGAAUGUCUGAACCAGCUCAGCAGCCUGCUCCUGGGGCCCCUGAAGGGGGUGCCCCUGCCGGGGGCCCCCCGGGGCCACCCCCCAAUCUGAGCAGUAACCGUCGGCUGCAGCAGACGCAGGCCCAGGUGGAGGAGGUGGUUGAUAUUAUGCGAGUGAAUGUCGACAAGGUACUGGAACGAGACCAGAAACUUUCAGAGCUUGAUGAUCGGGCAGAUGCACUUCAGGCUGGUGCCUCAGUAUUUGAAAGUAGUGCAGCAAAACUCAAAAGGAAGUACUGGUGGAAGAACUGUAAGAUGAUGAUCAUGAUGGGAGUGAUUUGUGCCAUUGUGGUGGUGGUGAUUGUAAUCUACUUUUUUACUUGAAUGUAGCCCCUUCAGUCUGCAACCUGCUAUCCCCUGUCACCUUGCCUGUCUCUUCUUGCCUCUGAAUCUUCCCUUCCCUUCCACCUAGCUUCUUCAUUGAUUACUUUAUUGGUUCUGAUUUGUCGUCUUUUUUAAGAUUAUGAAGUGCUCUACUGAUCAUGGGUUAGACUUCCCAACAGCUGCAGCUUAAGAGAGGGUCAUCUGAGCUGAGAGGAAUAGGAAGCAGAGGAGGAGUGGGUGGCUAUUAUCCUGCUCUUCUGCAGGGAAUUUGUGGCUUAUUUUGGGGCGUAAGCUUGUUCAGUUAGUGCCUGUGUGAACUCUAACAAAUAAAGAAUGCCUUAAUGUAGUGCCUUUGGGGAUGCAGGACUUCAUCAUGUGAGAUUCUUUUGCUCUGCAUAAAGAGUGGCAGCAUGAUGUAUGCUUUUAAUUGAUGAAAUAAAGGUUAGUUUAUGCUGGUCAGUGACUAUGAUCCAUCUGACUGAGCUAGACGGCCAUCUAGAUUUCUCUAGUCAUGCAGGGAUGAGCACUCAAGGAAGUGAUUUAUUCUGCCUGUUAUAAUAAAUUUACUUGCUCUUUGAAUGUGGACAUUUCAGUUGUAAUAAAAAGGAGUCAAUGUGAUUAUCUCAGUGAAGUGCAACAGAUUUCGUGUUGAUUGAAAGGAGUUUUGUUGCUGUCUAAAGGGUCUGUGUGGGCAUAAAAUCUACUGCCAGAAGGAAUAAAUUACCAACAGCAAGGAUCGUGGUGGUGUAUGCACAUCAAAUAUUCCUUUCAUCUAUGCAGACACAAGCCAGGACCUUACAGCUUUCUACUGUCUUGCAUCUUUCUGGAAGUUGUUGGAGUUAGUAGCAGAAAAGAGAAUGAGUUGUGCUUUCCAGUGUUACCAUGCUGAAUGGCAAAGGAAGUCCACUACGUAGUAGAUGAAGGUGAAGGAAACUGGAUGUACUCCACAUUAGACUGAGUCACACAGGUUUUUAAGAAUACCUGUUCUGCUUCUCUGACCACAAAAGCCCUAACUUUUAGAAAGAGUUAGAAAGUAUUUGAAGUGAUUACUUAGGAAUUCAAAGGGAAAUGCUGCUCUGGCAUGAUAUUGCAAAGUGACAUUAGUUGCCCCAAUUUGGCAGUAUAGAUCUCUAGACAAAACUGAAAUCUUCCUACUUGCAAUGGGUUCUCUUGAGCUUAGAUUUGGAGUGGUCUCUGCUGUAAAUAAACUUAGUGUGGAAUGCCAUGGUUUUCUGUAAGCAAUCUCCCAUGCUUUCAGAAAGUGCAGGAGCUGUGAAUUGCUCAAAUAUGUUGUCAAACCAGAGGUUAAAGGAGCUGUCCUGUUCCACAGUUUCUGCAGUUUUCUGAGGAGUGUAUUUUUUUUUACAAGCUGAGCUGUAGCCCAUAAUCUGGACUGUAAAGAGAACAGCUCUUUAGUCGAGGAAGCUCUACCUCAGGCACAGAGUUCUGUCUAGGCUUAGGAGGAUGUAGGGGAAAACAUCACUGGCAUUCCCAGGUGGAAGUACAAAAGAUGGGAGGGGCAGAUGCAUUUUGUUGCACUGAGUAUGCUGGAGAAGCCCCUUUCCUCCUCACAGGUUGUCUGGGGAGGGGCUAGGUUUUGCAUGCUCACUUCCAUGCCUCAGCAUUUCAUUUGCGCUGAGUUCAUCUCCCUGCAAUUCCAUCCCUCUCCACCUUGGGUGAGGGCAGAGUUGAAGAUCUGCAGUGAAGCAGCCCUCGUCCCCUGAGCACUUCCCUAAUUCUCUGUGGAACUGAGAUGUGAUGGACGGUCAGAAGUGCAUCUGCUGAAGAGGAGCCAGGGUCUGCUUUGUACUACUUACGGCUAACAUUCUAGGGGGUGGGCGUACAAGCUUGAGGCCCCCAGACCAGCAAUUCUCUUGAACUUCUCAAAACAAAGUCGUUGGUGCCCCAUUCCUCCUAUUCCUCUGGGGGCUAAGGUCCCCUUAGGCUGUCUCUUCCAUUUCUUUCUCUUGGAUGUUGUAUGUUGCUGUCUCUUCUGCUACCUUUCCCCUCCUUUGUGUCUCUAUGCAUGGGCAAAAAAUUUACCAAGGCCCUCUGAGUAAGAGCAAGGGACUGUGCUGUAUGCAGCAUUACAGCCAAUUACGCACGUGCAAUUUAUUUCCUUCCUCUAUAAACACAACUGUAAUCUCUGGCAUGUUGUAGUAAUCAACUCAUGUACUUUAAACAGUCUCAAAGAAACACAGUUCAUCACCUUACUGAGUCUGUCUGGUCUGUUAGUGGGUGGGGAAGGGCUGGGAUCACAGACUGCUUUUAACACAUUUUUGAACACGUUUUUUUUUUGUUGUCACUUCAUUACCAUAUACAUAAGGAAAGUUCUAUCCUCAAAGCAAGCAGCAGUCUCCUGUUGCCAUGGUGCUGGCUGUCACUGGUACUGGAACUGUGUGUGUGGCUGACUCAGUGGUAAGUCUGUAACAAGACAUGCAGACUAGAGGUUCCUCAAGCCUAGUCUACUUCCAGCCACCAUGUCCAACUUUGGUGUAAUGCACAGGGAGGUGAUUCCCCAAACGGAUGUGUUGCUGGUAGCUCUAACUUCUCAGGCUGUGUUGCCUUCGGGUUUCAACGGCCUACUUGCAGGUCCUUAAAUUUGGACAGUAAUUUUUCACUGGGGUUGGGAUGGCUUUUGGGCUGUACUCAGAAUCUGAAUGAAGAUCUCCCAAAGCAGGAUGAUACUCACAGCAUAGAUUGGAGCAUGGCUGGAAUUAAGGUAAGUACCCCCUUGUUUUGCUUCACUUGUACACUUGAAACUCAUUAAGAAGAAAUGGGCAGAACUUGGUUUAAACUUGUGCAUUUAUCUGCACUUGCUAUUACAAUUUUGAAGUUGUAAACAAUCCUCCCUGCAGCUUGUGGAUCAAAACAUUCUGAUUGCAUCUUUGUCCAGGCUCAACUUCAUUGCAGACCUAUCAGAACAAUGUGUGUCUGUUAGUGAAAUUGAAGCAGUGCUGCUUAAAGAAUGAAAGCACUGUUGAAGAGUAGGGAUUCUGUACUGGCCUGUGAGUUAAAGUAGCGCAUAUGUCAGUACAAAUCAGGCCUGCACAACCAAGCAAUUAGUUCUGUCCCAUUUUUGCUGUGGGCAGGAAGGAUUUUAUUCUCAGAACACGUGAAGUCUCCAUUCCAUCGAUGGCAUCAUCUCAGAGUCUCUAGCCAAACCUGCAGACUUGUGCUCGCUCUCCAAAACUGGUCAGCUGUCCUUUCUUCAAACUUCCCUUUGCCCAAACACAAAAACUUAUGUUGAAAAUUUCCCAGCAACUCUUUCCUGCCCCAGAUAUUGCUGUCUUCCUUCUCUUUACCUCUGCCUUUCCUGUCACACAUGUUCAUAGUUUCCUGGCUUAUGUCAUCACUUCAGCUAAUCUCUUCGUUCAAGUCUCUUUGGGUGCUCUGAAUGCUCCUGUAACUUUUUUGCACCUGUGUAUGGGACUCCUCUUAUUUUGUUGUCCCUUGGUAUUGUCUUACAUCAUCUCCACACCCUCACAUUCUCAAACCCUGUUUGCUAGAUGGUUGAACUGAUCAUCCCCUCCUUCUCAUAUUACUUUCAAUUUCCCUGGUCCUACUACACUCUCUUCUUUUCAGGUUCUUUCAUUUGACCGGAGCCACCAAAAUAAUUAGUGUCCUUAAAUUUUCUUAGAGUGUAUUCCUUUUCUUACAUACCAUGACAUCCAAAUGCUUUUAACUGUAUCAGCUUGCAAAUUUUUGCUACUACCACAGUUCCCCAGACAUUUGGGCCCUUUAUACCCUGUCUCAGCUGGUUCUUCCACAUCCCAAGAGCUCAAAUCCUUCUUCCUUAUGUUUCAGCAGCAUUCUUACUUCAUGCUCCGACUUGUUCACAAGAUAAUUUCCUCUUCCGUACCUUCCCUUCCCCUUUAGGCAUUUUUCCCUAUGUCUGAUUUUCCUAGGAUGAUGUGUUCCCAGUCCAAAAAGAUCAAUUCCCUUUCUUCAGUGUCCUAUGACCAGCAGUUUUCCUUGUGUGUUUUCCAUGUCUUCUAAGUAACUGCACUGUAAUGUUAAUGUAACUAAUCACUUUAUCCUUUGUACAAAUUCAUAACUGAAAGUUGAAGGCUUUCCCCUCGUUAUUCAACAAAUAUCUCUGAAUGCACGUGUUCUUCCCUUUUCUCCAGUGUUUCAUGCGCUCAGUGGAACACUCAAUUUUCUGCACUCAUUCCAGCACUGCUGAACUCACCUCUCAUCAGCCAGACCAAAUUCACUGUGCAUCUGUUGAGCUGAUAAUUUAUGGCAUUGUCUGUUUACAGCAAGCAUAGGGAAUUUCUUGUGAGGAUCGCCUGAUCUCUCACACAAUGGCAGUUUUUGCACUAAUCCUUUGGGCAGGUACAGCUAAUCCAGCUGCCGACCUGUAUAGCAACUUCAUGUUUGUACAGGCCUUUAGUUCUGGAUUUAUAGCCAUUACUUUGAGUUCAUCAGUCAAAGCUCAUGUUUUAAAUUUCACCACUUCUGCAGAAGAGAUAAUAUGGUGCAAGCUUCCUCUAGGGAAUUAUCACUUUCUUCUGUAUCUGAAGAGACCUUAAAUAUCUUUCAAGUAUCUACUGCCUCUAAUUGAUCUUUGUUUAAUUACUAAAUUAUGUGUGAUGCAUUGGGUUGCAUCAAUGCUAUGGUUGUCACAAGGUGCUGUAUCAUGUGAGGACUCAUGCUUUAGUUUUCUGAUUUUCUAAGAUCAGACUUGGUGUAUGAAUCAUACGUUUCUGGUAUAGAGACUGCUUUAUGUGUUGCGCUUGUUACUUCCAAUCUUUCUUUUCUUGAUUUGGUGGUGACUCUGUAAAACAACUGGCAGUGCCCAGUGUCACACUUCUGCUCAUUCAUGUACCAGUGACUUCCUGAAGCAAACAUCAGUAAUACUGAGUUUAUGACCAGGAACUGGGCUGUGGGUGCAGCAUUCUAACCUCUUUUUGCUUUUGAUCAUUCAAGACUGCUUUAAUUGUCAGUAAAGUUUUUUUUGUUUGUUUGUUUCAGUCAGUAGUUCUAGCUCUUAACUUUGCUUCUUAUCAGCAUGUUUUCACAGAAAACAAAAGUUCCUAUAUUGAGUCAACUUUUAGGGUGGGUGUUUUAGUGUUUUUCUUUUAAACACUUGUAGAAGUCUCUUUUGUUUGUUUGUUUACAAUGAAGGCUUCUCGGUACCUGUGCCUCUAAGCUGCAGUGCUCUCUCUCCUGCCAUUCUGAGGAACAAGGAUGCCAAUGACAGUUAAUGCCCUUUCACCUCACCCUGCCAAUUCCUGCUUCUAUUCCCAGUAGCAAAACAGUAUUUCUUCACUUACACAGAAAGGACCAGCACAGCACUGAGACACAGUUUGAAAAACUAAGGUUUGAGUUUAGUGUUCAUGCCUGUGAGAAAUAAAAGCAGCUAGGAAGAGUGGAAAGUGCACUUAGGUAAUCAAGGCAAGAGUUGUGCAACAGGCACGUUUAACAUAUCAAAUGGGAGAAUUAGGUAACAAUACAUAGUUGUAAAGUUCUGCAGGUUUCCAAGUGUGGGGUAUCUACCUCAAAUUUUAAAAGUAUUCUAAGUUUUUCUUUGUUGAUUGACUAAUUUCUGAGUCCAAAAGAGGAGGCUGCUUGCAGUAUGAUUAUGUACAUGGAUCUGUCUAAACUAUAUAUUUGAAUUCUGGUAUCUGUGUCCAGUGAAGUGGAUUUUCCUGUCUGUUAAGGACAUCACCCUUGCUCUCUUUGACAUCAUGUAAAGUGCUGUGUAAACACCAUUGUCAACAGAUGCAGCAGACUUUUUUUUUAAAGAAAAAAAAAAAGGCAAGCUUUCUGCAAACAAUAAGGUGUAUGCUGAGAUCUCCAAAUUGUUCUUUAAACUGAGGAGAGGGUCCUCUUCUAGAGGUAACCAUCUAUUAUCUUUUUAUCAGGCCAGAGCUUUCCCUGAAAGCAACUUACAUCAAAGCCUGCAGCAGUUCUGUUUUAUAAUCCCUAGCAGAAUAAGAGGGCCCACUCUGGGCUGAGUUCAGUUCAUCCUGAACCCUCUGGCAAACAAACGUCUGAAUGUAUGUAUGUAUGGUGUAUCACAGGGAAGGAGACUGUUACACAGUGAAGCUCUAACAGUGUGCUAUGGGCUGCUUUUUGUCCUGGUCUAAGAACAGCUACAUGCUUCAGCAAUCUCCCUAGACUAUUGUGAAUCACAUGGACUGAGACUGCCAGCAGCCUCUCCUCUGGGAGAGGAGAGGAUGUGCAGGCUCAGUCUAGAGAUCAGAGCUGGCUGUUAAGAAGUAGGGAAGAACAACCAGUUUCCAGCCUCAGGGGAAGUUUAAGGCUCAGCCUACUGAGAGACUUACAUCUCUGCUGAGACUCUGUGUUGGUGCCUUGUCAUACUACAGAGAAGGUCAAUCACACCUGCCAAACCUCUUUAAUUAAUAACAGAUGAGAACUGUAGCGGCAUCUUUGUUGCAGAGGAAAAAAAUAAUGUAUGCACAUGUAAAGACUAUAAGGAAGCUGAGUUGACAUCUUCCCUUUGCAAACACUAGAUUGACUCUCAUCCCUGGUGAUUCCAAGAGCAAUAGUGUUUUACAAGACUGAAGGAUUCACAUAUAGUAAAAGCAAUUAACCGCAAUACAGUCUUUGCUAUGAUCGAGGCAGAGCAUCCCAAAAAGAAUGAAAGGUAGGUCCCACAGAGAAAGUAUGCAGCUUCUGGUCCAACUGCCAUCUAACUGAAUUAUGAAAUAAAUCUCUGCCUCACUCGUGUCCUGUCUCACCAUCCUUGCUUGGUCUGCGUGAUUCCAGGCUGUUGUAAGAUGGCAGUGUGGUCACUACAGCCUCAACAGUGAAGCGGUGUGGAGCACCAAGUCCUGAUGCCUCCUCUUGGAAGGCAGUGUUAUCAUGACUACUUGGAGGGGGCGCUGGGGAGGCGUGCCACCGCUUGGAGCGGAACCAGCGGAAGGCCAGGAUGAAAGUGAUGACAAUGAAAUCCAGAAUCAGCUCUGCAAGCUCCAUCACGGAUAGGACAGAGGAUCCAAACCAGAGACUCCACUGAUUCCCAAGCUGGGACAAGAGAGUCACUACCUGCAAGAGAAAGAAAUAGGGAGUGAUGAGAGCAUCAUCUGUUGGAGGCUUUUGCUUCUCUGUCUGUUCUCAUUGCUAGUACCAUCACGGCACUGGGGAGUUUUUCCCCAUCUUUCACAGAAGAGACUUGAGAGUCAGCAGUGCUGCUGGAAUGAACACCUGCCAUGCAGAUAGAUGUUGUGUAAUGGGUGGGUGUGGUAAAGUACAUACUGUGAAGGCUGGUGUCUCCCCAUUGGUCUUGUAGUUCCAUUCCUCAAAAAAGAUAUUCACUUUUGCAACCCCAUUCCUGUUAAUGAAAAAUGGGUAUGAGCAAUGCUAAAUCUGUAGUCCUUGCAUUUCUUCACUAAGCUUAGCCAUCUUUUCUGUCUCCUUCCUCUUCCUGUGCUCCUUACACAUAUACCACCUAGUAUCUUUUCUCCAUUUCCAGAGUUCCCUCAGUUUUUAUGAAAAUCUGAGGGACCAAUUGUGCACUUCUGAGACUGCACUGCGAACUCCAGCAUUUGUGUCAUAAGUUGGUAAGUACCAACUCCUGCAUUGCUCUCCCUUCCCACUCUUUCACUAGCCCUUACUGUGACUCUGAACCAUAUGGCAGGAGUCUUUGAGUUACUCUUUUCAGAUUAGCAGCUAACCCUGUAAGACUCUUCACUUGGAUUCCCAGUCUUUGUUGAAGUCACAGUUUCUCUCUGGUGACUCAAGUCCACUGCCCUUGCCUCAAGUCCAUGCACCAUCAUUGCUUUAAUCUGAACUCUGCCCAGUCCAUUCACCCUUUUUCCACCUGGACUACUUCUGGUUUUGAUAAAAUCUCUGUAAAUGGUCUCUCACCUCUUGGAUGUUAUAUUGUAUUUGUUCUGUUGUGAAAGCACGUAAAAAACCCAAUCCUGAAAUGAAAGUGCAAUAAAUUUUGUGACUGCA